CUGAGCUGCGGGCGGCGGAGGCGUGAAGCGGAGCUGAGGGGGGCUGGCCGCCGGCGGGGGUGCAGCCGGGGCGGGCGGGGCGCUCCCGGGGAUGGGGAGCGAGGCUCACCCCGAGAAGAAGACAAGAGAGGGCACCCCGGAAGGGUAGGGGUUGCGAGGUCGUAUCCCGGGAAGGGGGCAUACCCGGCAGCUCCCAGACGCCGGCAGAAGCGCGCCGGGAGCCGCCGGGCAGCCGCCUGCCCACCUGGGGGGGCCGGGAGCGGCCGGGGCACCCCCCCACUCCGCCUCGUCUUUCUCUCCUCCCCUCCGCCGCCUCCUUCCCUCCCUCCCUGCCCGCCUGCCUGGGAUGGUGGAGGGAGUCGGGAGCACCCGGCAGGGCGGCCCUGGGCGCGGGGGCGGCUCGCCCCAGCCCCGGCCGCGGCGCGGGGCGCGGCCCGCGGGGGGCUCCGCCGUCUCGGGGUCCCGCAGCCCCCGCCGCCGCCGCAGCUGCCGGUGAUGGCCAAGGAUGUCCUCGGAGGGGGAAGCCGAGGCGGCUGCUGAGAGCGGGCCGGGCAGCACCCCCGCGCCGGGGGCCGCCGCCGCCGAGCGGGAGGAGCAACGCCCCGUGAAACAGUCCCUGAGCGCUUGCAUGUGCCGAGAGUCCCACUGGAAAUGCCUCCUCCUCUCCAUCCUCAUGUAUGGCUGCCUGGGUGCAGUGGCCUGGUGUCAGCUGGCCAGAGUCACCAAGCUCAGCUUCGACAGCUCCUUCAAGGGCAAGUCUAUGAUCUACCAUGACAGCCCGUGCUCGGACGGCUACGUUUAUAUCCCGCUGGCCUUCCUCUCCAUGCUGUACGUGGUGUACCUGGUGGAGUGCUGGCACUGCCACGUCAAGAGGGAGCUGCAGUACAAGGCAGACGUGGACAGUGUGUAUGAGUGCAUCAACCGCAUGCAGCAAGCCACUCCGUGCAUCUGGUGGAAGGCCAUCAGCUACCACUUCGUACGGCGCACCCGGCAGGUGACCCGGUACCGCAACGGUGAUGCCUACACCACCACACAGGUCUACCAUGAGAGGGUCAACACACACGUGGCUGAAGCUGAGUUUGACUACUCCCACUGUGGAUACAAGGACAUCUCCAAAGAGCUCCUGGGCUUGGAGAGCUAUACAGCCACCAAGCUGAGGUUCACCAAGUGCUUCAGCUUUGCCAACAUUGAGUCUGAGAACUCUUACCUGACUCAGAGAGCUCAUUUCUUCACGGAGAUCGAGGGGCUAGAUGACUACAUGGAGGUGAGGGAAGGCAUGCAGCUCAAAAAUGUGGAUUUUAAAGAGCUUAUGAUGGCCUACGGAGACCCGGAUCACCUCCCGUGGUACGUGUCCCAUUAUGCUUUCUGGGUGGCAGCCAUCCUCAUGAUCUCGUGGCCGCUCAGGGUACUCAUAGAGUACCGGACUGCCUAUGUCCAUUACCACGUGGAGAAGCUGCUGGGCCUGGAGUACACGGCGCCCACGACGGCGGAGGAGCCCUUGUACCGGUACCGCAUGCCCCGGGACAGCACGCAGGACAGCACCGAGCUGGAGUGGCACAUCUGCACCAACCGGCAGCUGAUCCCCAGCUACUCGGAGGCCAUGCUCAUGGACCUGGCCAGCUCCCCGGCCUACAACAGCUACACGGUGUGUCGCUACGGAGAAACAGCCCACGGCUGUGAACGCUGCAACCGCGCCUCCAGCACCUCCUCCAUCUUCUCACGCCACGCUUUCCACAGCUGCAGCGGCAACUCCCGCCUCUCCCUCAACACCAGCCGCUUCUCCCUCUGCCGCAUCCAUGGCUCCCACAGGACAGGCCUCUGGAGGAGCCGCAGCAGCAGCAUUGCAGAGCGGGGCUGCCAGGAUGAGCAGUGCUGCUCCUACUCCAGCCAGCUGGCUGUCAACGAGAACCCCCCCACCUACCACGACGCCCGAUUCUUCCCCGUCCUGAUCGUGCACAGGCCGGAGGGGCAGGACAGGCGGCAUUUCUACAUCAGGCGUUCCUCCUGCCUAGAAACCUCUCUGUGACAGGCCUCCAGGGUUAGCUGGCUCCUCUGCUCUGGGACAGGGAUUGCAGAGGUGACACCCGUGGGGAGCCUGCAAGUGUCAGUCUCUACAGCAGGAUGAGUUUCAGCUCUUCCCCCUGCCAUUGCAAGAGGACAUAGAGACUCUGACCAACACCUAACCUCAUUUCCAAGAUUUUCUCCCCCUCCACCCGGUCUCCCAUGUCUUUCAUUCCCUAUUCCUCUCACUCUUCUACUCCUCACCCUUCCACUGCUCCUUGAUUCCCUGCCUCUCCUCCCAUCCCACCCUCAUUCUUUUUUUUUUGCAUUUCAGUCACAGCAUUUGGUUGUUGUGGCUGCUGGAGGAUUUUAAAUGCUUGUGCUUUGCCAGUACCUUUGCCCUCCUGGAUGCUUUGCAAGGUAAGAACCUUAGAUAGAGCAAGGCACAAGGCACACAGCCAGCCAGAGUCAAGUCAGAAGGAGAAUUCAGAUCUGCAGGUGCUGAGUCACCUCCUGCAAACUCCAAACGAGGUGCUUUUUUUAAAAUUUUAUUUUCCCCAGUAUUUUUUCCUCUUCAUUUGUCAUUCCUUCUCUCCUUUGUUCAUGUUCUUCUCCUCUCACUUUACCCUCAUCUUCCCUAUUUUUCAGUUCUCUCACUUCUGCUUUACUGUUUUUCUGGAGUUUUGCCAGUAAGGAUGUUUUUUGGGGUGUAAUUAUCUUCCAUUGGGCAAAAGUAAGGUUUUCAUGGCACAAAUGUCACUGACUGCUCACACAGCCACAAAUGAAGGCCCUGAGAAGUGCUGAGGACUUUCUUUGAGGAGCAGUGAUGUACACCAAUAUAGCAAAAUGCCCUUUACUCACACUGCCCUGCCUGGUCUGCAGCAGAGACGCUGCUGCAUUUCCAGCUGUAGUUUACCUUGUCCAGCUCCACCCCUGAUAGCAAUCAUCGAGAGCCAUAAUGUAGAUUAGUGCCCUGUUAAUGCCACUAUUUUUAGGACAGUAGGCCUGGUUUGUGGUUGCUUCAUUCCUUCGACUUGAGCGCAGCAGCACAGGCUUGACAAGGGGAGAGGGGCUGGAGAGGGAAAGGUAAAUAUGGUAUUACCUCCCACAGAGAGUCUGGAGCUGCUAGGAAGCUCUUCCACCCACAGCGUCUAUUACAACAGUUGUAGGACUGCCUACAUUACCUUUCAGCUUUCUGUGUGCCCUGAGGAGGGCUUUUGGUCUGUAGCCCACUUCACCUUCCCAGGCAAGAUGUGGUGCCACCCCAGCCCCAGGCAGAGAGCAGAGCUGGGAGCCAGCCCCACUGGCCACUCCUGCUGGGGCUCCAGGCUCUUCCUGCAAGGCUUCCCCUGGAGCAGGUGUAGCACCUCCCAGAAUUAGUGCCAGCCUCUCCAAAUCCAGAAGGUGUCUGGUCCUGACAGAGCGUGCCACUGCACUCUGGGCUGUGGGCUCUGCCCCCUGGCCUGGCCCCUCCGAGAGCCAGGGGCUGGUCCAAAAACCUUGUGGCCACACUGAGAACCCACCGGAGACCUCUCACCUGCCAAACCUCCAUCCCACAAGGGAUGGUUGUAUACUCAGCAAGCUCCAUACCCUUUUGUCACAUAGCUGGUGGAGAUUAUUAUCCACUCUGACUCACAGGAGAAUGCAAUACGAUCGCAAUACGUAUGGUCAGUUUCAAACCCAGUGUUGUCUCACCCUACCUUACAAGUAGGUAAGAAACUGAGCCCUGAGAGGGGCUGGCAACAAGUGCUUCCUCCCAAGUCCAUUUUGUGUGUAUCAACACGUAAUAUGAAAUUUGUAAAGUCAUAUUGAUAUGUGUAGAUUAUAUGUAACUCUGCAUACUUAUAUGGUGAUUUCUUACGGCAUUGACUGUUGCACCAUGUUAAAUACAUUUUGGUUUUGUUUGA